GUCAGUUCGAGACGCGAAUCCGAGCGAGAUCGCAGCCGAGAGCGAGCCGAGCGUGACCGAGAGCCGAGGCGCGCGCGCGGGGUCUUCGUCGACGUCGGGGAGGUGUACGAUGCGAGGCGCGACGUCGUGACCAUAGGAUGCCGUUCUGCCGGAUCACGGGCGGCAGCCGCGCGCUGCCCAAGCCCAACUACUUCCCCCUGCUGCCCCCCAUCUCGCCCGCUGAUGCCCGCCGCUUCUGCCGCAUCACCGGGAAGGCCAUCGGCCUUCCCGGCCACCACUACAUCCCCGUGCUGGUCGGGCUGGGGGUGGGCCGCGAGCACUGCCACAUCACGCACAAGUCCGAGGGCGGCAACGAGCACCACCAGUUCCUGGGGCUGCAGUCGCGCCGCCACACAGUCCGCCCCGACUACCGCUAUGUCUUCCCCGUGCUGGACGAGGAGAGCGACCUGCUCGUGCUGCUGGACAGCAAGGCGCCCGCCGGCGCGGCGCAGGGCGUCGACGAGGCGCGGAAAUACGUCUACACUGUGGACGAGCGGCGGACCAGCCUUGUGUUCCCGUCGCGGCUCGAGGCCGCCGUCCGGGACGGCGACGUCCGCGACGUGAUGCUGGCGCGCGACGCCGACCACCUGCUCCUGACGCUGCGCAAGGGCAAGAGUGUGUCGCUGGACGUGCGCGACUACGCCAUCGUGGAGGACGAGCUGUGGGAGGGCGAGGGCCCCGGCGAGGUGGCGUACCAGCGCGACGAGGAGGACCGCAAGCGCCGGCAGAAGCGCGAGGCCGGGCUGGCGGACCGCAAGCGCAUCUUCGAGGCCAAGGAGGACCUCGCCGCGCAGGAGGAGCGCCGCCGGCACUCGGCCAAGGUCAUGAAGGUCAAGAUGCAGGCGGAGCGCGCCGCCGAGAAGGCCGAGAAGGCCGCGCGGAAGAAGGCCAAGCAGAGCGGGCCGCGCAAGUGGGACCGCUUUGAGGUGGAGGAGGCGAGCACGGACGCCCACAUGUACCUGGCCAGCGGGGAGCUCAAGGAGCUGGCCAAGCCGUUAUCCGGCACGUUCGACGCGGAGACCUUCGUCAAGGAGGCCCCCCUCCGCGGGGAAAACACUAUCACGAUUCUACCGACCCCGGUGGAUGUGCCGUCCGUCGUCGUCGACCUGGAGACAUCGUCGCCCGGCAUAGUACAGCAACCUGCUCUGCUGGAGGAGGUCGGUGGCUUCCCCACCGUCCACGCAGUGGCGCCCUUCACGCCGCUGACCGCGGAGCCAUGCCCCGAGCUGCAGGCGGCCGUGCAGCUGGUGGACCCCGGCGCCCUGCCCCGCCAGGCCGAGGUCAAGUCCGUCCUCAUGGAGGAGGGCGCUGACGGCAAGUUGCUCAACCAGCUGCCUCGCAUCGAAGAGAUCCCCGACCUUGUCAACAUGCUUGACAAGGGAGAGGCCGUGAACGUCGGCGGCAAAGUGCACGCCCUUCGGCUGGACAUCGCUGCUGCCCAGGGCGCACAGGCGCAGCGGCUCGUCGUCGGCCAGAGCGUGGAGACGCCCAGCGGCCGCGUGUUCGUCCCCGGACAGACGGUGGAGACCGCCAACGGCCCCGUGUUCAUGCCGGGCCUCACCGUGCACACCCCGGACGGCCCUCUGCUCAUCCCCGGCCAGGCCGUGGAGGCCCCGGGCACCCCGGGCCAGCAAGUGUUUGUGGCCGGCCAGUCCCUACACACCCGGGACGGCCACAAGUUCGUGCAGGGCCAGAUGCUGUACGCGGCUGACGGCGAGGGCCGCUUUGCCCCGGGCCAGACGGUGCUCACUCCAGAAGGCCCGCGGUUCGUCCCGGGCCAGGUCGUCAACGACGGCGCCGAUUUCGUGGUCGGGCAGACCGUCAACACGCCCAACGGUCCCAAGUUUGUACCUGGUCAGACACUCACCACCCCGUCCGGAGAGGCCAUCUUCUUGCCCGGCCAGAGCGUCGAGGUUCAGCACGCCGACGGCGAGAAGGAGUGGGAGUUCGUGCCGGGCCAGUCCGCGCGGGCCGACAACGGUGAGCUGCGGUUCAUCCCAGGGCAGACCAUCGCCACCCCCGACGGCCCCAAGUUUGUCGCCGGACAGACCGUUGUCGACGAGGCCGGGGCCGCCCCUCAGUUCGUGCCCGGAGUGUCGGUGCACGACAACAAGACGGGCGCGCUCAAGUUCGUACCCGGCGCCACUCUGGAGACUGCCGAUGGCCUCAAGUUUAUCGAGGGCCAGGUGAUCAAGACUGAGAAGGGCGUCAAGUUCUCGCCCGGUACGUUCCUGGUGGGGGCCGACGGCGUGACGGUCGUCGAAUUUACACCCGCCAUCAGCCUGGCCGACAUCGUGUUCCGGGACGGACUCCCGGACCCUGGAGUCGACAACGCCCUCGAGCACCGCGAGGAAGUCCUCGGUCACAUGGUGCAGACGUCUCACGGCGUCGAGUUUUUCCCGGGCAAGGCCAACGGCCUCCCCUCUGGCAAAGUGAUCCAGGGCAAGCUCGUCAAGAGCGCGUCCGGCGCCGUGCAGUUUGUCCCCGGCAUGGACAUCGACGGCCUGUUCGUCCCCGGCCAGCUCGUGAUGACGGAACUGGGCGAACAGUUUGUGCCCGGCCAGGUCGUCGAGACGAAGGAGGGCCCCAAGUUUGUCCCCGGCCAGGUAGUGGAGACCCACGCUGGCCCCAAGUUCCUCCCGGGACAGACCGUGCUGACCGCCGACGGACCGCGCUUCGUCCCCGGCCAGAUCAUUGAGACCAAGGCCGGCCCCACCUUCAUCCCGGGCCAGGUCAUCUGCACCGAGGAGGAGGGCUCGCGCUUCGUGCCCGGCCAGAUCGUCGACACCCGCGAGGGCCCGCGCUUCGUGCCCGGCCGCGUCAUCGAGACGGGCGACCGCGUCACCUUCGUGCCCGGCCAGAUCGUAGAGACGGCGGACGGGCUGCGCUUCGUAGCGCCGGACCUCCAGGACACGGAGGAGGGCGGCUUCGAGUUCUCGCUGCAGGGCUUCGAGGUGACACCCGAGGAGCUGCGCCUGAUGCGGCCGCACCUGUCGGCGACCUCCACGGCGCCCACCACGGCCGGCCAGAUGAGCAUCGACUCGCGCAUGCUGCGCCAGCUCUCGCACGCCGGCAUGGUGGUCGGCAAGCAGGUGGCCGCCGAGCUGCCGGGCGUAGACGUGUCCUCGCUGCCCACCCUGGCGCUGGCCGAGCAGCUGGGCCUGGAGGGCGUGUCCGCUGUCAAGAUGGGCCACGUCCUGGAGGCGGUGCUCAAGCUGAGCUACGGCCUGCUGGACGAGCGCGGCCACGUGCGCCGCAAGAUGAGCGUGACCAUUGAGCGAGGCCUGAUAGCGGGCGGCGCGGACGUGGAAGCCCUGACCCAGGAGGAGGAGGCCCUGAAGAACAUGCUGACCGAGGCCAUCGUCACUGCCUGCAUCACCAUGGACGAGCAAGCUGAGGAGGAGGACGUGCUUCGCGCCGUGUGCAACUUCUUCAACAGCAUCCUGGAGUCGGUGCGCGACAAGGAGGGCGUUGUGGAAGCCCUGCAUGGCUUCGUCACGUACCCGGGCCAUGUCGGGCUGCUGUGUCGCGAGACGGUCUGCCAGCUCGGCCAGGGCCUCAGCCGGGCCGACCUGCUCCGGUCGCUCCUCUGGGGCGGCGAGGACGUGCUGGACCGGCUGGGCAAGGUCCUCGAGCAGGACCAGCUGGGCCAGGCCUUCCUGCACCUUGCCGAGGCGGAGCCUGAGCUCAUGGAGGUGGUGCUGCGCCGCGUCACCGAGGCCGUGCGAACUGCGGCGGCCGAGGGCAUGGACGGCCUCGACUCAGAUCAGGACGCCGCCGAGGUCCUGCAGCGUGCCAUCGUGGCCGUGGUACGCGAGGCCAGCGAGCUGCGGCUCCAGGAGAUGCUCGACAGCGACGAGCUGGCGCUCCGGGAGCUCUUCGUGCAGGCCAUCAACCUGGCACGGGCGCUCGGGAUGCACGACACCGCGUCGGGGCUGCUGCAGGUGCUGAGCGACCCCAGCGCCACCCGGCUGCUCGCCGGCGACCGCAUCACUCUGGACAUCCUGCAGCGCCUCACCGUCAUGCGCCAGCUGGCCGAGCGCCGGCCCAAGUUCAACUCUGCCCUGGGCAAGCUUGUCUCUGACCCGGAGACCGCCCGGAACGACCCCCGCCUCCGGGAGCUGGUGCGACAGAGCGCGGCACUCAUGGUGGUCCCGGAGGACCGGUGCCUCCCGGAGCUGCAGAGCUCGGCCGACAUCCCCACCGCGCUGUUCCACAACACCCUGGCCAUGGAGGAGUACCUCCGGCGGCGGGGCGCGGGCACUAAGGGCGCGCUUCUCAUCGUCAAGCACGGCUUCCAGACCGUCAUCCCCCGGGAGGCCGCCCGGGACGUGCUCACCGGCCAGAUCCCCUACUCGCUCGUCGACCAGAAGGGCAUCCGCCACUUCGCCCCCAUGCACGUGUUCUCGGCCCUCAGGCUGUCGCAGCCGCUCGCCAACCGCUACUCCAUGUACAGCCGCAGGGGCUCCGGGGCCUCGGCCGCGUCCGGCCUCAGCUCGGUGCCCGAGCAGGACGCGGCGCCCGGCGCCCCCGCACCGCCGUCCACCGUCCCGUCAACCUGCCUGCGGUGCAUCCACGGCGACCACCGCCACCACUCCACGUUCAGUCAGCCCACGACCGAGGUCAGCUCCUGUAGCGGACACUCUCACGGGCCCGCCAACGGCCACGUCAACGGCCACGUCAACGGCCUCGUCAACGGCAACGGCCACAUCAACGGCCUCGCCAAUGGUGACACCUACGGCAAGGGCCUCGUCAACGGCCACGCAAACGGCCACACCAAUGGCCAAGUCAAUGGUCACGCCAAUGGCCACAGUAACGGCCACGACAACGGUGUCGUUGACGACGAGGUCUGCCCGCUGCCUGCCGCGAAAGCAGUUCUCGACAAAGGGGCGGCAAAACUGGCUGCCAUACUGAGUAAAGGCCUUACCAACGGCACCACCGCCGACGUCGCCGAGGGCCCCGUCGACGGCCGCGCCGUUGGUCUCGCCAACGGCCUCCCCAACGGUCACCUGAACGGACACGCCCACCCUGUGUAACAGCACGAAGUAGACGACUGUCUGUGUAUGAGGAAUCUGUUGAUAACUCAUUUGUGAAGGGGGAAGGGGGCGGCUUGUAUUUCUGGCAGGGGGGCGCCUCGCCCUUGAGAGGACGAUCGUCUAUUGAAGACUGACAGGCCACGAAUGGCACACUGGCGUGGCGGGCUAAAUUUAAAUGUGGGUUGGUUUGCCUUGUAUUGCCCCCUCCCCCUUCUCCCUCCCUUCCCAGUGCAACGGCCCCGUGUCCCCUCACCAAGCAUGACAUUUUGUGCGGAAACGACUAAUGUUUUUAAAUCUAUCUAGCGGUAGAAAGACAUUGCGUUUAGUUUACCCCCCUGAUCCCGUGAUGUAAGUGGAUGUGAAGUGAGGAGAGCGAGCGUGAUGCCCACGCUCCCUUGUGUCUGACAUUCCUAGCGGUAACUAAUCCAAACCAGCCCCGACUUAUUGUCAUACGUGUUUCAAAAGUUUGCUGUUAAAUAAAUCACUGUUACUGGAAAAUGAAAUUCUGGAAAGUUUGUAAUAAAAAUUCGGCUAAUUUGAAAUUACCAAAAAUUGUAACGGUUAAACCUACAUUCUGCUUGAAACUAUGUGAGAAUAUCUUUAUUCAGUGACAUGAUGGUAUCUGGUUUUGUUCGCGAUGGAAUAACAAUUGUGAUCUCCAUUUUUCAAUAAAUUAAGUCAAUAUUUUUCUUGUGAUUUGUGUAGUAUGUCUGUUGUGCGUAAUGAAUGUCUGAAUGCCUGUGAAAAAGAACGUAAUCCUAAUCUGAAUGUGUCUUAGCAAGUUAAUGUUGCUCGUCUAGUCAGAGCCAGAAGGCUGGGACGGCAAAGUGUUGCGUUUACGCACGUUCGCUGUCGUAAAAUGUCAUAUAUUAAAAAUAAUGAGGUGCAUGUCAGUAAUAUUUUUGAUAGACAUAGAAUGUUCGGUACUAAGGCUUGUGAAAACUAGGUUAAGUAGAGAUGUGGAAACUGUACUGUGUUAACAAAACAUUUAAUAAAAAGUAAAAUUGCUAA